ACAUCGCGCUGCCUGACGUGGUGGUGUACCUGGCGUCGCGGCCCGGCUCGCCGGACGCCCCGCCGCCCGCUGCUGGCCCGCCCGCCGUCGCCGAGACGCACCUGAGCGUCGGCUGCCAGGUGGUCGGGCCCUUCGUCGUGGCUGGCCUGGGCAUGGUGGGCGCCGGCCUCUACUUGGAUAUGGUCCAGGACUGGAAUGUGUUUGUGAAUGUAAAAGAAAUCAUUAUUCUUGUGCCCUCUCUGUUGGGCCUUAAAGGCAAUUUGGAAAUGACUUUGGCUGCUCGAUUGUCCACUGAGGCCAAUUUAGGUCACAUGGAUGAUGCUAAGGAGCAAUGGAGCAUGAUAUUAGGAAAUUUAACUUUAGUUCAGUGUCAAGCCAUAGUUGUUGGUCUGUUGUCAGCUGUAGUUGCUCUAGCUAUGGUUUAUAUAUUAGAGAAAGAAGAAUUUAACAUAAGGCAUACUAUGCUUCUGUGUUCUUGUAGUAUUAUAACUUCUUCCAUAGCAAGCCUUGUUCUAGGCCUCAUCACUGCUACUGUGAUAGUUGUAUCACGUUGGUUGAAAAUUAACCCAGAUAAUGUUGCAACUCCCAUUGCUGCAAGCUUAGGAGAUAUUACCUCCCUUGCUUUACUUUCCUGGGUAGCAACCAUGUUGUAUGAUGCAAUUGAUAAGUCUUACUGGAUAUCACCAGUUGUCAUAAUUUGCUACAUUCUGGUUAUUCCUUUUUGGGUGUGGAUUGCAAAGAAGAACAAGUACACAAGCUCCGUCCUGUAUUCAGGCUGGACUCCUGUAGUAGUUGCUAUGCUGAUCAGCACGUCUGGUGGUCUCAUGCUGCACAAGUUGCUAUCUCGUUACCCACAAAUGGCUGCCUUGCAACCAGUCAUUAAUGGAGUUGGUGGUAACCUUGUAUCAGUACAAGCAAGUCGUUUGUCCACUGAGUUACAUCAACAUAGUGAACCGGGAACACUUCCACCUGGUUCACAAAUUUGUAUCACUCCAAGCCAGGCAUGCUGUUCAAGACAACCUCAUGCAAUGACAGCUCAAGUAUUAAUGCUACUUGUCAUACCUGGACAUCUUUUGUUCAUCUCCAUUAUAUCUUCAAAAUAUUUGCAACCUGAUGCUCUAGAUCUUACCCCAUUGUUUGUUGUCACUUAUCUGUUCGUAGCAUUUUUUCAGGUUGCUAUUCUUCUCUAUGUGGCAUAUAUUUUGACUUAUUUCUUUUGGAAACGGCACACUGAUCCUGAUAAUUCAACAAUACCUUAUCUCACUGCUCUUGGAGAUCUGUUAGGGAUUGGCCUUCUGGGCAUUAGUUUUGAGUUCCUCUCCUGGGUGGGAGAUGAUUACGCAAUUGCUCCUGAAGUUCCUGGAGCUGUUACUACACUCCCUCCUUGAUGGGCUCCAGCUCAAUGCCUACAAUUUUGCCUAGUGUGAACAUGUGAAAAGGACCACAUGUACAAAAGUGUAAUAGAAAAAAAAGAUUGUUCCUGAUGGAUAAUUCUUCCCAGAGAAAAUAAAAAAACAAAAACAAAAAAAUCUAUUUCAUUGGCCUUCAUCUGAAUAAAACAAGACUAAAGAGAAAGGCAGUUCUCCAAAUUCAUUGGCACAGCAGGAAAAGAAGACUUUCAUCGAACAUAUUUGCAAUGUGAAGUGGUGUAUCUUUGUUUCCUGUUUCUUGUCAAUAGCUCAUUAAAUUUGCCUCUUAAUUUGUCUUUGUUGACAAAUGUGCCUCAUUGUGUCAGUGACAUAAUAGAAUUUGUUUCUCUCCUUCGUUUAAAGAAAAUUUACUCCAUCUUCAUAAAACAUAAAUCAAUCAUAAAUUUGUAGCUUUUCAAAAAAUCAUAUAAAUGCUACUUAAUAAUAAUUUCAUGAGGAAGAAGCACAAAAUUUGUAGUCAUUAAUAUUGCAUUCAUAGAUUGUAUUAACUGUUCAUAUAAUAAUUAUUUACUAUGAACAGAUCUUUGAAUGAAAACUUGCUGUUACUGCAUAAGUUAACAGAAAUUCUCAUUCAUUGAAAAUAGAGAUGCAGCCUUAAAUAAAAUGUUGUCCCUUGUUAUACAUGUGAAAGAUUUUAAAUGUCACCAGAGUGUUUUAUUUUCUUCUGUAUAUCUAUGAAUAAUAAAAUGUUGAAAA